UGAUCCGCCGCAGCUCCCGGCCGCAACUCCCAAACUCGGCGGCUCGCUGCCUGGACAUGUCCUGACAAACUUGGCUUCUCUUCGACCCUCUAUCUAGCCAUCGCCCACUCUCAUUUCGCCUCCUUUUGGGGCCCAAGUUUCACCCAGGACGGAAGCCUCUGGAGAUGCGGCCACCUGGGUCCGGGCAGCGCAGGCGGACCGCACUCUUGCUGGGGACAUGCUGAAGAUCCGAGGGAGGCAAAGUUGGUACUUCAGACCCGGCUUUUAACAAAUACGCACAUCGCGAGGGGAUUACGGAGCUGCCGAGGACUUUCAAGCGGAGCACGGAGGACUCAGCUGGACUGGAAACAUGUCUUGCAUGAGGAUUUGUUGGUAGUUUGGUCCACGUUUGUAAUCCAGCAUCCAGAACUGUUCCUGACACAUAGUUCCUGAGAGGUAAGCGAUGGGGAGACAUUCGGCCUUGCUUCUGCUCCUCCUCCUCCAACAUUUUGGAGACAGUGAUGGAAGCCAAAUACUUGAACAGACUCCUCUGCAGUUCACACAUUUCCAGUACAACGUCACUGUGCAUGAAAACUCUGCCGCGAAAACCUAUGUUGGGCAUCCCGUGAAGAUGGGUAUUUACGUUACAAAUCCACUGUGGGAAUUAAGGUACAAAAUUGUCUCAGGAGACAAUGAAAACCUAUUCAAAGCUGAAGAGUACAUUCUUGGAGACUUUUGCUUUCUAAGAAUAAGGACCAAAGGAGGAAACACUGCUAUUCUUAAUAGAGAAGUGAAAGACCAUUACACAUUGAUAGUCAAGGCAGUUGAAAAAAAUACUAAUGCUGAGGCACGAACAGUGGUCAGGGUGCAAGUGCUGGAUACAAAUGACUUGAGACCUUUAUUCUCACCCACCUCGUACAGCGUUUCUUUACCUGAAAACACAGCCAUAAGGACCAGUAUUGCGAGAGUCAGUGCCACGGAUGCAGACAUAGGAACCAAUGGAGAAUUUUACUACAGUUUUAAAGACCGAACAGACAUGUUUGCUAUUCACCCAACCAGUGGGGCAGUAGUUUUAACUGGUAGACUUGAUUACGCAGAGACCAAGCUCUAUGAGAUGGAAAUUCUUGCUGUGGACCGGGGAAUGAAAUUGUAUGGUAGCAGUGGUAUCAGCAGCAUGGCCAAGCUAACAGUUCACGUAGAACAAGCCAACGAAUGUGCUCCUAUGAUAACAGCAGUGACGUUAUCACCGUCAGAACUGGACAAGGACCCAACGUACGCAAUCGUCACAGUGGAUGACUGUGAUCAGGGUGCCAACGGGGACAUAGCUUCUUUAAGUAUUGUGGCAGGUGACCUCCUUCAGCAGUUUAGAACAGUGAGGUCCUCUCCGGGGAGUAAAGAAUAUAAAAUCAAAGCUGUUGGUGGCAUUGAUUGGGACAGUCAUCCUUUUGGCUACAAUCUGACACUCCAGGCUAAAGAUAAAGGAACUCCUCCCCAGUUCUCUUCUGUAAAAGUAGUUCACGUGACUUCUCCGCAGUUCAAAGCUGGGCCAGUCAAGUUUGAAAAGGAAGUUUACAGAGCAGAAAUAAGCGAAUUUGCUCCUUCCAACACACCGGUGGUCAUGGUAAAAGCCACGCCUAGUUAUCCUCAUCUGAGGUAUGUUUUCAAAAGUACACCUGGAAAAGCUAAAUUUGGUUUAAAUCACAACACUGGUCUCAUUUCCAUUUUAGAACCAAUUAAGAGACAGCAGGCAGCCCAUUUUGAACUUGAAGUAACAACAAGUGACAGAAAGGCCUCUACCAGAGUCUUGGUUAAAGUUGUAAGUGCUAAUAGCAAUCCCCCUGAGUUUACGCAGACGGCGUACAAAGCAUCAUUUGAUGAGAAUGUGCCCAUCGGUACCACUGUCAUGAGCGUGAGUGCUGUGGACCCCGAUGAGGGUGAGAACGGGUAUGUGACCUACAGUAUUGCAAAUUUAAACCAUGUACCAUUUGUGAUCAACCAUUUCACUGGUGCUGUGAGUACUUCUGAAAACUUGGACUAUGAGCUGAUGCCCCGGGUUUAUACUCUGAGGAUUCGAGCAUCAGACUGGGGCUUGCCGUACCGCCGGGAAGUUGAAGUCCUUGCCACAGUUACUCUCAAUAACUUGAAUGACAACACGCCCUUGUUCGAGAAAAUCAAUUGUGAAGGAACAAUUCCCAGAGAUCUCGGGGUGGGAGAGCAAAUAACUACUGUUUCUGCUAUCGAUGCUGAUGAACUUCAGUUGGUCCGAUAUCAGAUUGAGGCUGGAAAUGAACUAGAUUUGUUUAGUUUAAACCCCGACUCCGGGGUAUUGUCAUUAAAGCAGCCGCUAAUGGAUGGCUUAGGUGCAAAGGUGUCAUUUCACAGUCUGAGAAUUACAGCCACAGAUGGAGAAAAUUUUGCCACACCAUUAUACAUCAACAUAACUGUGGCUGCCAGUCGCAAGCCAGUAAACUUGCAGUGCGAAGAGACUGGCGUUGCCAAAAUGCUGGCAGAGAAACUCCUGCAGGCAAAUAAAUUACACAGUCAGGGAGAGGUUGAGGAUAUUUUCUUUGGUUCUCAUUCUGUCAAUGCUUAUGCCCCACAGUUUGGAAGUACUCUUCCCACUGGGAUUGAGGUAAAGGAAAACCACCCUGUGGGUUCCAACGUAAUUCUCAUGAAUGCUACUGACCUUGACACUGGCUUCAAUGGAAAACUGGUCUAUGCUAUUUCUGGAGGAAAUGAGGAUAGUUGCUUCAUUAUUGACAUGGAAACUGGAAUGCUAAAAAUCUUAUCUCCACUUGACCGUGAAACAAUGGACAAAUAUACCCUGAAUAUUACAGUGUCUGACCUUGGUAUACCCCAGAAGUCCACUUGGCAUCUUCUGGAUAUCAGAGUUCUGGAUGCCAAUGAUAAUCCACCUGAGUUUUUACAGGAGAACUAUUUUGUUGAAGUGAGUGAAGACAAAGAGAUAAAUAGUGAAAUCAUCCAGGUCGAAGCCACAGAUAAAGAUCUAGGCACAAACGGACGUGUGACAUACUCUAUUCUUACAGACACAGAUAAAUUUUCAAUUGACAGCACGACGGGUGUUGUUAAAAUCGUGAAUCCUCUAGACCGGGAAGUACAGCAUGUGUAUUACUUAAAGAUUGAAGCCAGGGAUCAAGCCAAAGAAGAACCUCAGUUGCUUUCCACUGUACUUUUGAAAGUAUCAUUAGAGGAUGUUAAUGACAACCCACCUAAGUUCAUUCCACCUAAUUACCGUGUGAAAGUUCGAGAGGACCUUCCAGAAGGAACCAUAAUCAUGUGGUUAGAGGCCUAUGAUCCUGAUUUAGGUCAGUCUAGUCAAGUGAGAUAUAGUCUUCUGGACCACGGGGAAGGAAACUUUGAUGUGGAUAAACUCAGUGGAGCAGUCAGAAUUGUACAGCAGUUGGACUUUGAGAAGAAGCAAGUAUAUAAUCUCACUGUGAGGGCCAAAGACAAGGGGAAGCCAAUUUCUCUGUCUUCUACCUGCUAUAUUGAAGUCGAGGUCAUUGAUGUGAAUGAGAACUUACACCCACCAGUGUUUUCCAGCUUUGUGGAAAAGGGAGUAGUGAAAGAAGAUGUCCCCAUUGGUUCAUCGGUAAUGACAGUGUCAGCUCAUGAUGAGGACGCAGGAAGAGACGGGGAGAUCCGCUAUUCCGUUAGAGAUGGUUCUGGUGUUGGUGUUUUCAAAAUAGAUGAAGAAACAGGUGUCAUCGAGACUUCCGAUCGCCUAGACCGGGAGUCGACCUCCCAUUACUGGCUAACAGUCUAUGCAACCGAUCAGGGCGUUGUACCUCUUUCGUCAUUUAUCGAGAUCUACAUCGAGGUUGAAGAUGUCAACGACAACGCGCCCCAGACCUCAGAGCCUGUUUAUUAUCCAGAGAUAAUGGAAAAUUCUCCCAAGGAUGUAUCUGUGGUCCAAAUUGAGGCAUUUGACCCAGAUUCUAGCUCUAAUGACAAGCUGACGUACAAAAUUACAAGUGGAAAUCCACAAGGGUUCUUUUCAAUACAUCCCAAAACGGGUCUCAUCACAACUACAUCCAGAAAACUGGACAGAGAACAGCAAGAUGAACACAUAUUAGAAGUUACUGUGACAGACAAUGGUAGUCCCCCCAAAUCAACCAUUGCAAGAGUCAUUGUGAAAAUCCUUGAUGAAAAUGACAACAAACCUCAGUUCCUGCAAAAGUUCUACAAAAUCAGGCUCCCAGAGCGGGAAAAACCAGAACGAGAAAGAAACACCAAGCGUGAGCCACUAUAUCGUGUUAUAGCAACAGACAAAGAUGAAGGUCCCAAUGCGGAAAUCUCCUAUAGCAUCGAAGAUGGAAAUGAGCACGGCAAAUUUUUUAUUGAGCCCAAAACUGGAGUGGUUUCGUCCAAGAAGUUUUCUGGAGCUGGAGAAUAUGAUAUUCUUUCAAUUAAGGCAGUUGAUAACGGUCGCCCCCAAAAGUCGUCAACCACUCGACUCCAUAUCGAAUGGAUCUCCAAACCCAAACCAUCCCCGGAGCCAAUUUCAUUUGAAGAAUCGUUUUUCACCUUUACUGUAAUGGAGAGCGAUCCAGUUGCUCACAUGAUUGGAGUAAUAUCUGUGGAGCCUCUUGGCAUGCCUCUCUGGUUUGACAUCAUUGGUGGCAACUAUGAGAGUCACUUUGAUGUGGACAAGGGGACUGGAACCAUCAUUGUUGCCAAACCUCUUGAUGCAGAACAAAAAUCAAACUACAACCUCACAGUUGAGGCUACAGAUGGAACCACCACUAUACUCACUCAGGUAUUCAUCAAAGUAAUAGAUACAAAUGACCAUCGUCCUCAAUUUUCUACAUCAAAAUAUGAAGUUGUUAUUCCUGAAGACACAGUGCCAGAAACAGAAAUUUUACAAAUCAGUGCUGUGGAUAAGGAUGAGAAAAACAAGCUGAUCUACACUCUGCAGAGUAGUAUCGAUCCCUUGAGUCUCAAGAAAUUUCGUCUUGAUCCUGCAACCGGCUCUCUGUAUACUUCUGAAAAACUUGACCAUGAAGCUGUUCACCAGCAUGUCCUUACAGUCAUGGUACGAGAUCAGGAUGUCCCUGUAAAGCGCAACUUUGCAAGGAUUGUCGUCAAUGUCAGUGACACAAAUGAUCAUGCCCCCUGGUUCACGAGUUCAUCCUACGAAGGGCGGGUUUAUGAAUCAGCAGCCGUCGGCUCAGUUGUGUUGCAGGUUACGGCUCUUGACAAGGACAAAGGGAAGAAUGCUGAAGUAUUGUAUUCCAUCGAAUCAGGAAAUAUUGGAAAUUCUUUUACAAUUGAUCCCAUCUUGGGCUCUAUAAAAACUGCCAAAGAAUUAGAUCGAAGUAACCAAGUGGAAUAUGAUUUAAUGGUAAAAGCUACAGAUAAAGGCAAUCCACCAAUGAGUGAAAUAACUUCUGUGCAUAUCUUUGUCACAAUUGCUGACAAUGCCUCUCCAAAGUUUACAUCAAAAGAAUAUUCUGUUGAAAUUAGCGAAACUAUCAGCAUUGGGAGUUUUGUCGGAAUGGUUACAGCCCAUAGUCAGUCAUCAGUGGUCUAUGAAAUAAAAGAUGGAAAUAUAGCUGAUGCUUUUGAUAUUAAUCCACAUUCUGGAAGUAUCAUCACUCAGAAAGCCCUGGAUUUUGAAACUUUGCCCAUUUAUACAUUGAUAAUACAAGGAACUAACAUGGCUGGUUUGUCUACUAAUACAACUGUUCUAGUGCAUCUACAGGACGAAAAUGACAACUUGCCAGUUUUUAUGCAGGCUGAAUAUACAGGACUCAUUAGCGAAUCAGCUUCAAUUAACAGUGUGGUCCUAACAGACAGGAAUGUCCCAUUAGUGAUUCGAGCAACUGAUGCUGAUAAAGAAUCAAAUGCUUUGCUUGUUUAUCACAUUGUUGAACCAUCUAUACACAAAUAUUUUGCUAUUGAUUCUAGUACUGGUGCUAUUCAUACAGUACUAAGUUUAGACUAUGAAGAAACCAGUACUUUUCACUUUACUGUCCAAGUGCAUGACAUGGGAACACCACGUUUAUUUGCUGAAUAUGCAGCUAAUGUGACUAUACAUGUAAUUGACAUUAAUGACUGCCCUCCUGUGUUCUCCAAAUCGUUAUAUGAAGCCUCUCUUUUGUUACCAACGUACAAAGGAGUAAAAGUCAUCACAGUGAAUGCUACAGAUGCUGAUUCAAGUGCGUUCUCACAGUUAAUGUACUCCAUCACGGAAGGCAACAUCGGGGAGAAGUUUUCCAUGGACUCCAGGACUGGUACCAUAACUGUGCAGAACACAACUCAGUUAAGGAGCCGCUAUGAGCUAACCAUUAGAGCUUCUGAUGGCAGAUUUGCAAGCUUAACCUCUGUGAAAAUUAAUGUGAAAGAAAGCAAAGAAAGUCAACUAAAGUUUACCCGAGAUUUCUACUCUGCAGUCGUGAAAGAGAAUUCCACGGAAGCCAGAACAUUAGCUGUCAUUACUGCUAUUGGAAAUCCAAUCAACGAGCCUUUGUUUUAUCAGAUCCUCAACCCAGAUCGCAGAUUUAAGAUAAGCCGCACCUCAGGAGUUCUGUCCACCACUGGGAUACCAUUUGAUCGGGAACAGCAGGAGGCAUUUGACGUGGUGGUGGAAGUGACACAAGAACAGAAGCCUUCAGCGGUGGCCCACGUUGUUGUGAAGGUCAUCAUAGAAGACCAGAAUGAUAAUGCACCGGUGUUCGUCAACCUUCCCUACUACGCUGUUGUUAAAGUGGAUACUGGGGUAGGCCACAUUAUUCGCUAUGUGACUGCCGUGGACAGAGAUAGUGGCAGAAACGGGGAAGUGCAUUAUUAUCUUAAGGAACAUCACGAACACUUUCAAAUUGGAUCCUCAGGUGAGAUUUCACUGAAAAAACAAUUUGAACCUGACACCUUGAAUAAAGAGUAUCUCGUCACAGUGGUUGCAAAAGAUGGAGGAAACCCAGCUUUUUCGGCUGAAGUGAUAGUUCCAAUCACUGUGAUGAAUAAAGCCAUGCCUGUGUUUGAAAAACCUUUUUACAGUGCAGAGAUUCCAGAGAAUAUCCAGAUGCACAGUCCAGUUGUCCACGUACAAGCCAACAGCCCAGAAGGAUUGAAAGUGUUCUACAGCAUCACAGAUGGAGAUCCUUUUAGCCAGUUUACUAUUAACUUCAACACUGGAGUUAUAAAUGUCAUAGCUCCUCUGGAUUUUGAGUCCCACCCAGCGUAUAAACUGAGCAUACGAGCAACUGACUCCUUGACUGGUGCUCAUGCUGAAGUAUUUGUCGACAUAAUAGUGGAAGACAUCAAUGAUAACCCUCCUGUGUUUGUUCACCAGUCUUAUGCUGCAACCCUUUCUGAGGCAUCUGUCAUUGGAAUGUCUGUCGUUCAAGUUAGAGCCACAGAUCCUGAUUCAGAACCAAAUAGAGGAGUUUCCUACCAUAUGUUUGGGAAUCACAGCAAGAGUCAUGAUCAUUUUCACAUAGAUAGCAGCACUGGUCUCAUAUCACUAGUCAGAACUUUGGACUAUGAACAGUUCCAGCAGCACAAGAUUUUUGUAAGGGCUGUUGAUGGUGGCAUGCCCCCGCUGAGCAGUGAGGUGAUUGUCACAGUGGAUGUCACUGACCUCAAUGAUAAUCCCCCACUAUUUGACCAACAGAUUUAUGAAGCCAAAAUUAGCGAGCAUGCCACUCAUGGGCAUUUUGUGACCUGUGUAAAAGCCUAUGAUGCAGACAGUUCAGACAUAGACAAAUUGGAAUAUUCCAUUCUGUCUGGCAACGAUCAUAAGAAUUUUGUCAUCGACAGUGAAACGGGGAUUAUCACGCUCUCAAACCUGCGCCGGCACACCUUGAAGUCAUUUUAUAUUCUUAACAUUUCUGUUUCUGAUGGGGUUUUUAGAAGUUCAGCUCAGGUUCAUGUAACUGUAAUUGGAGGCAAUUUGCACAGUCCUGUUUUUCUUCAGAACGAAUAUGAAGUGGAGCUAGCUGAAAACGCUCCCAUGCACACCCUGGUGACUGAGGUUAAAGCAACUGAUGGGGAUUCUGGUAUUUACGGGGACAUCACUUACCAUGUUGUAAAUGAUUUUGCCAAAGACAGAUUUUACACAAAUGAGAGAGGACAGAUAUUUACUUUGGAAAAACUUGAUCGAGAAACCCCAGCGGAGAAAGUUAUCGCAGUUCGUUUAAUGGCUAAGGAUGCUGGAGGAAAAGUUGCUUUCUGCACCAUUAAUGUCAUCCUUACAGAUGACAAUGAUAAUGCACCACAAUUUCGAGCAACCAAAUAUGAAGUGAACAUUGGAUCCAGUGCCCCCAAAGGGACAUCAGUCAUUAAAGUUCUUGCAAGUGAUGCUGAUGAGGGAUCCAAUGCUGAUGUCACCUAUGCCAUUGAAGCAGAUUCUGAAAGUGUUAAAGAGAAUUUGGAAAUUAACAAACUGUCUGGUGUAAUUACUACAAAGGAGAGUUUAAUUGGCUUAGAAAAUGAAUUCUUCACUUUCUUUGUUAGAGCUGUGGAUAAUGGGUCUCCACCCAAAGAAUCUGUGGUUCCUGUCUAUGUUAAAAUACUUCCACCAGAAAUGCAGCUUCCAAAAUUUUCAGAACCAUUUUAUACCUACACAGUUUCAGAAGACAUGCCUAUUGGAACAGAAAUAGAUCUCAUCCGAGCAGAACAUAGUGGGACUGUUGUUUAUAGCCUGGUCAAAGGGAAUACUCCCGAAAGUAAUAGGGAUGAGUUCUUUGUGAUCGACAGACAGAGUGGAAGACUGAAACUGGAGAAGAGUCUUGAUCAUGAGACAACUAAGUGGUAUCAGUUUUCCAUACUUGCCAGGUGCACUCAUGAUGACUAUGAGGUGGUGGCUUUUGUAGAUGUCAGUAUCCAAGUGAAAGAUGCAAAUGAUAACAGCCCCGUCUUGGAGUCUAAUCCGUAUGAGGCCUUUAUUGUUGAAAACCUGCCAGGGGGAAGUAGAGUCAUCCAGAUCAGGGCAUCUGAUCUAGAUUCAGGAACCAAUGGCCAAGUUAUGUAUAGUCUAGAUCAGUCACAAAGUGUAGAAGUCAUUGAAUCUUUUGCCAUUAACAUGGAAACAGGCUGGAUUACAACCCUAAAGGAACUUGACCAUGAAAGGAGAGAGAAUUACCAGAUUAAAGUGGUUGCAUCAGAUUUUGGUGAAAAGGUUCAGCUGUCCUCCACAGCCAUUGUGGAUGUUACUGUCACCGAUGUCAACGAUAGUCCCCCACGAUUCACGGCAGAGAUUUAUAAAGGGACUGUGAGUGAAGAUGACCCACCAGGUGGUGUAGUAGCCAUCUUAAGUACCACGGAUGCGGAUUCUGAAGAGAUUAACAGACAAGUUACAUAUUAUAUAACAGGAGGGGAUCCUUUGGGGCAGUUCGCUGUUGAAAAUAUACAGAAUGAGUGGAAAGUAUAUGUGAAGAAACCUCUAGACAGGGAAAAGAGGGACAAUUAUCUUCUGACUAUCACAGCCACUGAUGGGACCUUCUCAUCAAAAGCUAUAGUUGAAGUGAAAGUUCUUGAUGCAAAUGACAACAGUCCAGUUUGUGAAAAGACUUUAUAUUCAGACACGAUUCCAGAAGAUGCCUUUCCUGGGAAAUUGAUCAUGCAGGUCUCUGCUACAGAUGCAGAUAUCCGUUCCAACGCUGAAAUUACUUACACAUUGUUUGGUCCAGGUGCAGAAAAAUUCAAACUGAAUCCAGAUACAGGUGAACUGAAAACAUUAGUUCCUCUUGAUCGCGAGGAGCAAGCUGUUUAUAAUCUGCUCGUCAAGGCCACAGAUGGAGGGGGCAGAUUCUGUCAAGCGAAUAUUGUGCUCACGUUAGAAGAUGUGAAUGAUAACACCCCUGAGUUCUCUGCUGAUCCUUACACCAUUACGGUGUUUGAAAACACAGAGCCUGGGACGCUGUUGACAAGGGUGCAGGCCACCGAUGCUGAUGCAGGAUUAAAUCGGAAGAUAACCUACUCUCUGAUUAACUCUGCUGAUGGGCAGUUCUCCAUUAAUGAAUUAUCUGGAAUCAUUCAGCUAGAAAAGCCUUUGGAUAGAGAACUACAGGCGGUCUAUACCCUUACUUUGAAAGCUGUAGAUCAAGGUUUGCCAAGGAGGUUGACAGCUGUAGGCACUGUUGUUGUAUCAGUUUUGGAUAUAAAUGACAACCCACCCGUGUUUGAAUACCGUGAGUACGGUGCCACAGUGUCUGAGGACAUUCUCAUUGGAACAGAAGUUCUUCAAGUGUAUGCGGCAAGUCGGGAUAUUGAAGCAAAUGCAGAAAUCACCUACUCAAUAAUAAGUGGAAAUGAACAUGGAAAGUUCAGCAUAGAUUCUAAAACAGGGGCCAUAUUUAUCAUUGAGAAUCUGGAUUAUGAAAGCUCUCAUGAGUAUUACCUGACUAUCGAAGCCACUGAUGGAGGCACGCCUUCGUUAAGUGAUGUUGCCACCGUGAAUGUUAACGUCACGGAUAUCAAUGAUAACACCCCAGUGUUCAGCCAGGACACCUACACAGCCGUGAUCAGUGAAGAUGCUAUUCUUGAGCAGUCUGUCAUUACGGUUAUGGCUGAUGAUGCUGAUGGACCUUCAAACAGCCACAUCCACUAUUCAAUUAUAGAUGGCAAUCAAGGAAGUCCAUUUACCAUUGACCCUGCCAGGGGAGAAGUGAAGGUCACCAAACUUCUAGACCGGGAAACAAUUUCAGGUUACACACUCACGGUUCAGGCAUCUGAUAACGGCAGUCCACCCAGAGUCAACACGACAACCGUGAACAUCGACGUGUCUGAUGUCAAUGACAACGCUCCAAUCUUCUCCCAGGGAAACUACAGUGUGAUUGUCCAGGAAAAUAAGCCUGUGGGUUUCAGCGUACUCCAGCUGGUAGUAACAGACAAGGAUUCUUCUCAUAAUGGUCCACCCUUCUUCUUUACGAUUGUGAGUGGAAAUGAGGAUGGCGCAUUUGAAGUUAACCAGCAAGGAGUCCUCUUGACUUCAGCUGCCAUAAGCAGGAACGUGAAAGAUCAUUAUUUAUUGCAUGUUAAGGUGGCAGAUAAUGGGAAGCCUCAGUUGUCCUCUUUGACAUAUAUUGACAUUAGGGUGAUUGAAGAGAGCAUCUAUCCUCCUGCGAUUUUGCCACUGGAGAUUUUCAUUACUGCUUUCGGAGAGGAAUACUCUGGAGGUGUCAUUGGGAAGAUUCAUGCAACAGACCAAGACGUGUAUGACACUUUAACCUACAGUCUUGAUCCCCAAAUGGACAACCUCUUCUCUGUUUCCAGCACAGGGGGUAAGCUGAUAGCACACAAAAAGCUAGAUGUAGGGCAGUACCUUCUCAAUGUCAGUGUAACAGAUGGGAGAUUUACAACAGCAGCCGACAUCACGGUGCAUAUCAGACAAGUAACACAAGAGAUGUUGAACCACACUGUCGCUCUCCGCUUUGCCAACCUCACUCCGGAAGAAUUUGUUGGUGACUACUGGCGCAACUUCCAGCGAGCUUUACGGAACAUCUUGGGCGUGAGGAAGACCGAUAUUCAGAUUGUUAGUUUGCAGCCCUCUGAACCUCACCCACAUCUGGAUGUCUUACUUUUUGUAGAGAAAUCGGGUAGCGCCCAGGUUUCCACAAAACAACUUCUGCACAAGAUUAACUCUUCCGUGACUGAUAUUGAGGAAAUCAUUGGUGUUAGGAUAUUGGCCGUAUUCCGGAAGCUCUGUGCAGGGCUGGAUUGCCCGUGGAAGUUCUGUGAUGAAAAGGUGUCUGUGGAUGAAAAUGUCAUGUCAACACAUAGCACAGCCAGACUGAGCUUUGUGACUCCCCGUCACCGUAGAACAGCCGUGUGUCUCUGCAAAGAGGGAAAAUGCCCACCUGUCCAUCAUGGAUGUGAAGACACUCCGUGCCCUGAGGGGUCUGAAUGUGUCACUGAUCCCAGAGAAAAGUACGCCUGUGUGUGCCCAGGGGGCAAGUUUGGCCAGUGCCCAGGGAGUUUAUCUGUGACAUUUACUGGAAACAGCUUUGUGAAGUAUCGUCUCAUGGAAAAUGAAAACAAAUUAGAGAUGAAACUGAGCAUGAGGCUCAGAACAUACUCUGCUCACGCAGUUGUAAUGUAUGCUCGAGGAACUGACUAUAGCAUCUUGGAGAUUCAUAAUGGAAGACUCCAGUACAAAUUUGACUGUGGAAGUGGCCCUGGAAUUGUGUCUGUUCAAAGCAUUCAGGUCAAUGAUGGGCUCUGGCAUGCAGUGUCUCUUGAAGUGAAUGGAAACUACGCUAGAUUGGUUCUAGACCAGGUCCACACUGCAUCAGGCACAGCCCCAGGGACUCUGAAAACCCUAAACCUGGAUAACCAUGUGUUUUUUGGUGGCCAUGUUCGUCAGCAAGGCACAAGGCAUGGAAGAAGCCCCCAAGUCGGUAAUGGCUUCAGGGGUUGUAUGGACUCCAUUUAUUUGAAUGGGCAGGAGCUCCCUUUAAAUAACAAACCAAGAAGCUAUGCACACAUUGAAGAAUCGGUGGAUGUGUCCCCUGGGUGCCUCUUAACAGCUACAGAAGACUGCUCAAGUAACCCUUGCCAGAAUGGAGGCGUUUGCAAUUCAUCGCCCACUGGAGGUUUUUACUGCAAAUGCAGUGCCUUAUACAUAGGGACAUAUUGUGAGGUGAGCGUCAAUCCAUGUUCCUCCAACCCGUGCCUUUACGGUGGCACGUGCAUUGUGGACAACGGAGACUUUCUUUGCCAAUGUAGAGGAUUAUAUACCGGUCAGAGGUGCCAGCUGAGUCCAUACUGCAAAGAUGAACCCUGUAAAAAUGGUGGGACGUGUUUUGACAGCUUGGAUGGUGCUGUCUGCCAGUGCGAUUCUGGUUUUAGGGGAGAAAGGUGUCAGAGUGACAUUGAUGAAUGUGCCGGAAACCCCUGCCGGAAUGGGGCGCUUUGUGAGAAUACACAUGGCUCCUACCACUGUAACUGCAGCCUCGAGUACAGAGGAAAACACUGUGAGGACGCCACGCGCAAUCAAUACGUGUCGACUCCCUGGAACAUCGGGUUGGCUGAAGGCAUAGGAAUCGUUGUUUUCAUCACGGGGAUAUUUUUACUGGUAGUGGUGUUUGUCCUCUGCCGCAAGAUGUUGAGUCGAAAGAAGAAACACCAGGCCGAACCUGAAGACAAACACUUGGGACCAACCACCCCUUUUUUGCAAAGACCGUAUUUUGAUUCAAAGCUAAAUAAGAACAUUUACUCAGACAUACCGCCCCAGGUGCCUGUCCGUCCUAUUUCCUACACUCCCAGCAUUCCGAGCGACUCUCGAAACAAUCUUGACCGAAAUUCCUUUGAAGGAUCCGCCAUCCCAGAGCAUCCCGAAUUCAGUACUUUUAACCCCGAGUCCGUGCAUGGACACCGGAAGGCAGUGGCCGUCUGCAGCGUGGCCCCAAACUUGCCUCCCCCGCCUCCCUCCAACUCGCCUUCCGACAGUGACUCGAUACAGAAGCCUAACUGGGACUUUGACUAUGAUACUAAAGUAGUGGAUCUUGAUCCCUGUCUCUCCAAGAAACCUCUCGAGGAGAAGCCUUCUCAUCCAUACAGUGCCCGGGAAAGCCUGUCGGAAGUGCAGUCCCUCAGCUCCUUUCAGUCUGAAUCAUGUGAUGACAAUGGGUACCACUGGGAUACAUCGGAUUGGAUGCCAAGUGUUCCUCUUCCGGAUAUACAGGAAUUCCCCAAUUACGAGGUUAUUGACGAGCAGACACCUCUGUACUCAGCAGAUCCCAGUGCCAUCGACACAGACUAUUACCCUGGAGGCUACGACAUUGAAAGCGAUUUUCCACCACCACCAGAAGACUUCCCCGCGCCUGACGAACUACCACCGUUACCUCCAGAAUUCAGUGAUCAGUUCGAAUCCAUCCAUCCUCCGAGAGACAUGCCCGCUGCAGGUAGUUUAGGUUCUUCCUCGAGAAACCGGCAGAGGUUCAACUUGCAUCAGUAUCUGCCCAACUUCUAUCCCGUCGACAUGUCUGAACCUCACAAAACAGGCACUGGUGAGACUGGUCCCUGUAGAGAACCCUACACCGCUUACCCUCCAGGGUAUCAAAGAAACUUUGAGGCCCCCACUGUAGAAAACAUGCCCAUGUCUGUGUAUGCCCCCACAGCUUCCUGCUCUGAUGUGUCAGCCUGCUGUGAAGUGGAGUCUGAGGUCAUGAUGAGUGACUACGAGAGUGGAGACGAUGGCCACUUCGAAGAGGUGACAGUUCCUCCACUAGAUUCACAACAGCACACACAAGUCUGACACUCAGACUCCCCCCAAAGUGCCUGGACUUGAAUGAACCUAGAGAUGAUAUAAAUGACCUUCUGCAUUGUUCUCUGCAGCAGUGCUUAUGCGCUUCUUUUCGGUGAGCUGACCUGGGCAUGGCUGCACUGAAUCACGCGCCUUCUGACAUGUUAGCCAUUUCCAAUGUCCUAACCUACUGUAAUUGGAUGCCACUUACAUUGGCUGUGCCAUUUCUGAACAUCUUUUUGUAUUUACAUUUGUGUUAAAAUAAUGCAAUGAAGAUCAGUCCUACCAUCUUGUUAGCGUGAUCCAUAUAUUUAUAUAGAUUUGAUUAUUUUAAUUUUCCUGUGUUUUUCCCUUUUUUUUUGUAAAUUUUAUGUACAGAUUUGAUUUUUCAUAGUUUUAACUAGAUUCUCAAAAUCUUUCAUGCAUUUGUUUUUGACCGAGUUUUGGUGGUGUCGGUAUCAUUAGCUAGCACCCUGAUUUUUUUAAUAUAACCAAAGUUUCACUCUCUGUUCUGUUCCACCGAAGUAUGACAUUUCAUUAAUACAUUUCCUUAUAGUCAUUCAUUUUAGCUGUACAUAGGAUGAGGAACGAUCUGAUACACGAACAUGUCUUAAAUGGGUUGCUGUAUUUUAGAAUUAUAAACAUUUUUCAUUAUUGGAAAGUGUAAUGCAUACCUGUUUAGAACCAAAACCGCCAUGACACAGUUUUUAUAGUGUCUGUAUAUUUGUGAUGCAAUGGUCUUGUAAAGGUUUUUACUGAAAAUUACCAUUAGCCAGUCUUUCUUACUGACAAUAAAUUAUUAAUAAAAUACUUUAGCUUUA